AUGGACGACGACGAUUACGGCUCCGACGACUUCGACGACCUCCCAGCAGGUACGCUGUAUGAGCUCGAACAAAAUGCCUUUCAGGCAACUCAGGCCUCAGCACGCCCGGUGAACCCCGUUCUGCCCACCCAGCCAUCCUUCAAUGGAGCCUUGCAACCACCCCGUCUACACACCGGAUUGACCAAUGACUACAAUACACUCGAGGUGGGAGAGCUGGAAGCCGAGGUUUACGAUAAUGUGGAAGGGCAGCACCCCGUUUCAUAUCACUAUGAGUCCCAUGCACCUCAGCAAUGGGCUGCGCAAGAGCAGCCGGGCGAGGCAAUGGUGGUGGACGAAUACCACGCGCAGGCAGAUAUGGCAGAUAUCAAUGCGCGCCUGGUGCAGAUGGAGCAAGAAAGAGAACAAAUGAUGCGCGAGUUGGCCGACGCGAAGCUGCAGCUAGAAACAAAGAACGGGGAAAUCUCAAUCAUCCGAAGGAAGCAAACGACGAUCACACAAGGCCAUGACCAGCAACUGGCGGCUCUGCGGAAAUCCAUGGCCGACGAGAUGGCCAAACACAAGCAGGAGGUCGAAGCGGCGAUGUCUGAAGGCAAACAGCUAGCAACGGAGAACGUCUUCCUUCAGCAAGAACUGGCGGAUGAGGCCUACCAGCACCGAAACUACAGAUCUAGGCAGCGGGUCGACAAACCAGCUCCGGAGACCCCUCGAAAAUCCCGGGUGCUUCCCUUCCGGGAUGGGUUCGAUGAUGACGAGAUUGCGAUGGUGUCGCCCAGCAAGUCUGCCGCGCGUUCAAAACGCGGUACGCCGACAGUUCCGGGUAAACGGAAACGGCAACUCAGUCAAGAUAGUGCGGUGCCGUUGCAAUUAAGUCCUGCCGGCGGGGAGGUUGUCAUGACCGAUGCUCCCGAUGACAUGCCCAACAUCGACGAGGUGAAGCGCAAGGCCGCAGAGGCAAGUCGUCACCAGCGAUUCAUGGUGCGACUUCUGGGCCACCGCACCAAGAUGGGCGAGGAUACAGACUUCGAGGCCAUGGUCAAGCUCUCAUUCCCUUCAGAGCCACACAAAGCCAUGUCCAGCAUCAUUAUGGAGGCCAUGGCGCAUGUGGACCCGAGUAAUUACAUUUUAGAAUAUACUCAGACAAUUGCCUCUCUGUGGCAGCGUGCUAUCAGCGAAAAAUUCUACGAACCGAUACCUCGAUUCGAGUCUAUCAUGCGAUAUUGUUUGAUGUCCGAUGACACUCCACUUCCAGAGCUCAUCGAACCCCUAGUCAGCGUUUUACAGGACUCUGUGGAAAUUAACGCGGUCCCUCGUUUCAAAUAUGCCCCGGCAUCAAGAGACAAACGGGUCACUCGCCAAACCCCGCAAUCUGACCUACAACCUCUCGUCGACUCAACUGGGGCCAUGCGCCUGCUUUACCAGAUCGCGUGCGGAGUAUUGCACAUACGGAGUGCAAUGGAGAAAUACUGGCAAAGCAUACGAAUAUCCUUCAUCCUCGUGAUGCUACACCCCUCCCAGCCACUCAGCGAUAUUGUCCUCCUAAUGAACCUCCUAUCAACAAGCAUCCGACCGAAUUCCUUUGGGCCUAUUCGAUCCUCCGACCAGGAUCAACUUGAUGUUCAAAAAUGGGUCGUGGACCGUCUCACUCACAUGCUCAGCGAGCCAGCAAUCCCCGAUGAAGGUGUCGCCCCCUACACCACAUACGACGUCUGUGCAAUGCGGCUGGAAGUUCUGCUCCUGCUGGAAUCCCUAGCGUUCAACCCCAUGGCUCAAACCCAAGGUCAGGGCCAUGCAAGCACGAUACUUGCAUUACACCCCAAUGCAUUGGCCCGCUUGUUCAGAUCUAUGCACGACGAGCUGGAUGCGCUAUACUCUGCCCCGCCUGAAUCGGAUUUGCGCGUUGCCCUGGUCAACGGGCUGAUGCGGCUAGUCUUCGGGGUCAUGCGUCAGCAUGGAUCGUCUAUCAACAUGCAAGAUAAACUGGCUUGCGUUCCUGGUAGUAAACAGAAACAUCUUGUGGUCUUGACUCGGUUGGCGUUCUGCGACGGGACAGUGCUCGAGGCCGGCAUUGACGACGAGACUGUUGACAUGGCUCACGAGCUACUUGAAGAAUGGACGAAUCCUCAAGAGGCAGAUUCCUUGGCGGAGGUAUUUUCAAGUUCUAGGAGAGAGUGA